AUGCUGAUCAAGGACGUGGCGGCUUCUCUCUACGACACAGCGCUUGUCCCUAUGAGCGUCCAUGUAGCAUUUAUUCCAAGAACUUCAAGUUCUAGGGGUCUUUCCGCAGGAGAGGUAGCUCAGAUCAUUGCGCAACAGAACCCGACAAAGUUCCGAGUUCGAAAGUCUCAUCUGCGCUACUUCGAGCAUAGCAUUUUGCCGCCGAAGCAAAACUGGUGCCAAAUUACACUAGUCCCACUUUCACAUCCUCCACCACGGCAAUACGAGUCUGAUUUUAUCCAAUAUCGAUCAGGCUUACCAGUCGUGUCAGUGCUGCCAGUCGCCUUCGAUGCAAUUUCGGACAUCCAAACGGCUCCGAAACUGAAGAAACCAAAAGGAAAGAAGCUCUUCCAGCUCUUGAAGGCCCUAUCCGUCUGCAAGCCAAUCGCCAUCGACGACGAAUUUCAUGGCGCGCUCCUCGUUCAUCUCAAUCGCAUCGCUAGUUUCUCGCCUGAAUGGCGAGGGAUCGUUUCCAAAUUUGUCCUAUUCUGUCAGGGAGAACCGACGUCUAUCCAAGCAACAAGUGAAGCUGUUGAUAUGGUCGCCGAAGGAGCUGAUGUGGAAAGCAUAUCCGACUCUGAAGACGACGACGCCGAAGAGGACGAAACAGAGCCGUCCGGGCCAAUCGACACACGUGCACCUACAGUGGCAGAAAGGCCGCUGCCGGCCUCGAUAACGCCUUUUCCUGCUGUCCAACCCACCGUGGCCCUGGUUCGUCCGUAUAUCAAGAAGAAAAGGCAGGAUAGGCAAGUAGUGGUCUCAAACGCUACACGCGCUGUAGUUCGCCUGCUGCAAUCCCGAGGGAUCAACUGCGUACUUCAUAAACGAAUCGCGGCAUUCGAAUAUGGUAUUCGAAACGCGCCAGGGGAGGUUGAGCUUGCAAUCUUGAAGGGAACAGGGCAACAUUUAUCCAAGGAUCAGAUAGAACGAUCUCUUCUUCAAGAGAAGCCAGAUCUUUUCGCGUUUCGGCCCUCGGAGAACGGUGGCACUCAGAGGAUCUUUUGCUAUUUCGACCCUACGAUCGCACCUCCCACCAAAAACCAUUGCGAAGUAGUUUUCACGCUGAUCGAGAUCCCGUUAACUUCGAAAUACCAAACAGACCGUCUCGUGCAGCUCAAUGGACUUCUUGCGGUGUCGCUGUUACCCGUUGUGGUAGACACCCUGCCCGUCUUCUUGGAGUUAUCACGACAGGGUAGGGCUGCUCAAAAGCUCCUUAGACAGGUGGUCCCCAUGUUCUUCCGUAGGUGUUCGACUUCGAUGGAGGCACUCCUUCCCAUCGAUGAGGCGUACCAUCGGGAGGCGCUCUCAGUUUUCAACGAGACCUGCAAUUCGAUCCCCGAUCUCGCGCAACAUUUGAAACCUUUCGUCGACUUUUGUCGCAAAUUCAUGUCUUCUACCGACAACAUUGUACCAAUGCCCCAAGAAACUACACAGCUUUCUCGAUCUGCGUCUACCGAACAAAUCAUUUCAGUAGCAGCGACGAAUCACCCUCCACUGUCUGUCGCUGAAGGCCUACGAACCUCCAUCCCGAUCUCAAGGUCUUCAGUCGUCGCUGAAGCUGGAUCUCGAUUCUCUCGGCAACGAAGAAAGCGGAAAAGUCAAACUGCUGGGGCAAUCAAUCGCCCACAAGCCGCUUGCAUCAUCGCCAGACGAGUAGUAGAUAUUCUUCACAGCCUCGGAGUGGGGUGCGCACUCUUCGGGAGUUUGGCGAGUCAUUUGUAUGGGAACCAACGUUAUCCUCAAGACGUCGACAUGCUAACAUUCCCUCCUUCUGAAUCAAUGAUGACCCAAGAAUCCUUGAAAGAGGCUAUCGUCGCCAAUGACUCACAAUUCUUCUUGAAGGACGCCAAGGACCCGCAGGCCACCUAUCGAGUCCUGUAUUUCCAGGUUGAUGAAGACUUCGCCCCGAAACGCACCUUUAGGAGCAACAGAUGCAAGGUCGACAUUCUCAUUCCGGGCACGAUGCACCUCCCGGCUUUGUCGCCCGAUAUGAUCCAAGUUCGAAACACUCUCCCGGUCAUUCCAUAUUCCCUGCUCCUUCUGCACAAGGUGCAAGCCUGGGAUGAUCAUCGCAAGAUGACCGACGAGCCACACAAGUACGAGAAGCAUACCAUCGACGCUAAAGAUGUUUUAAACCUUUUAAAAUCGGAGCAUGUCGUGCCUUUGAGGCAGAACAGGCCAUGGGCCGAUCGUACCCUGUUCAGUGAAGAAUUCUAUGGCUUGUCGAGGCAACGGGUCAGGGAAUUCUAUGUUGCGCACCCGAGGAGCAUGCAGGAGUUUAUCAAUCUUGGGUUUUGA